AUGUCAUUUAGUUUUGCGUUGCUUUUGUUUGUAGAUGUCAGACACGAAUCAGACUAUAGUCGUAGCCCAAGAGCGUUUGAUGGAGAAUCGGCAUCGGAGAGCUCAACUGCAGGGCUUGAUAGUGCUGAUUUCGAGGAGACCGAGGGAGGAGAAGUGCCGGAGGUGUCUAUCGAUACGGGGAGCAUUUCGAGUGUGGAAGUAGUGAGGGCGGACGACGUCCACCCAUCGACAUCUGGCCGUCGAAUAGAAGAGGCCGAGGCUGAUGUGUCUGUUGCCGAACCUGGUGAAGGCGUGCUGACGGUGGUCACCGACCGACAAAGGAUACCAAUGGUGAAGCCAAAGGACCUUGUGUUUGGGGUGGACCACCUAGAGCCGAACGGGCGUUGGAAUCACUGA